UGACAACUUGUCAAUAAUUUUUUAUUUGGAUCUUAUAUAGUUUACAAUGUUUCGUUUAGGUAAAAGUUACUAUCAAAAUUUUAUAAAAAAAUAUUUGCAGGCAAGAUUUUAUGCGAAGGAUGUUCGAUUUGGCCCGGACGUUAGAUCGAUGAUGUUACAAGGAGUUGAUAUACUCACCGAUGCUGUUGCAUUAACAAUGGGACCAAAAGGCCGAACGGUAAUAUUAGAGCAAAAUUUUGGGCCACCCAAAAUAACUAAGGAUGGAGUAACUGUUGCCAGGUGUAUAGAACUUAAAAAUAAAUUCCAAAAUGUUGGAGCAAAAUUAGUUCAAAACGUAGCAAACAAAACAAACGAAGAGGCUGGAGAUGGAACAACAACUGCAACUGUUUUAGCACGAACGAUAGCAAAAGAAGGCUUUGAAAGCAUUUCUAAAGGUGCCAAUCCAAUCGAAAUCAGAAAAGGAGUAAUGCUAGCAGUUCAAGCUGUGACAAAUCAUUUAAAAAAAAUAAGUAAGCCAGUAAAUACACCAGAAGAGAUUGAACAAGUAGCAACAAUAUCCGCAAAUGGAGAUCGAGUUAUUGGAAAAUUAAUUGCCGAUGCCAUGAAUAGGGUCGGGAAAGAUGGCGUUAUCACUGUCAAAGAUGGUAAAAAAUUGGACAAUGAAAUAGAAAUUAUCGAAGGAAUGAGGAUCGAAAGGGGAUUCGUAUCUCCUUACUUUAUUAACUCAUUAAAAGGUCCUAAAGUAGAAUAUAAUGACUCUUUAAUUUUAUAUUCAGAGAAAAAGAUAUUUAGUGCAAAUCAAGUUGUCCCUGCACUUGAAAUUGCUAAUGCUCAAAAAAAGCCGUUAAUAAUAAUUGCUGAAGAUUUCGAAGGAGAACCUUUGUCUGUUUUAGUAGUAAAUAAGCUUAAAAUUGGACUACAAGUUGCAGCCGUUAAGGCCCCUGGAUUUGGAGAAUACAGAAAAAAUACAUUUAUGGAUAUGGCUAUCGCUACAGGGGGCGUUGUUUUUGAAGAUAAUGAAAAUUUACUAAGACUAGAAGAUUGCACUUUGGAAAGUCUUGGGAGAGUUGGAGAAGUAUUAAUAACAAAAGACUAUACAUUAUUACUAAGAGGAGAAGGUGAUAAAAAUGAAAUCCAACAGAGAAUUGAACAAAUUCAAACAGAGAUAGAUGAAUGCACUAGUGAUUGUGAUAAGCGAAAGCUUAUAGAACGAUUAUGUAGGCUAAAAAAUGGGGUUGCCGUUUUGAGGAUAGGCGGUUGUAGUGAAGUGGAUGUUAAUGAAAAAAAAGACCGUGUAAAUGAUGCUUUGAACGCCACACGAGCUGCUGUAUCUGAAGGAAUUGUUGCAGGAGGAGGUAUAGCUCUCUUAAGAUGCAUACCAAUAUUAAAUUCCAUCAAGGCAGCAAAUUCAGAUCAGGCAAAAGGAAUUGAAAUUGUUAAGAAAUCUUUGAGAACUCCAUGUCAAACUAUAGCAAAUAACGCUGGUUAUGAUGGUGCAGUAAUAGUAUCAAAAUUAGAAAAUAUGGAUAUUAAUUAUGGAUAUGAUGCCCUAAAUAACGAAUAUGUUGACAUGAUUGCUAAGGGCAUCAUCGAUCCUUCUAAGGUGGUAAUAAGAGCUUUGAUAGAUGCUAGUGGUGUUGCGUCGUUGUUGACUACAGCUGAGGCUGUUAUUUGUGAUUUGCCUUUUCAAAUAGAAAAAAGCGACGAACCCGUUUCAAAGGGAGUGGCUAUUUAUUGAUUUUGACAAAAAUGAUCUACUACUAUAUAGGAAAUCUAUUGUUGUUAUAAAAAUGUCACGAACAACGAUAUAAAGCUAUAGCUUAAAUCGUUUUGUAAUGUAAAUAAAAUUAAUAAUGAAUGUAUAUAGAAGAUGAACAAUAGAUGCGUCACUUAAAUAACAAUAAUAAUGUGACAGAGACACAAUUAGAUUGGUAUUGAGAGUAAGCGAGAUAUACUAUAUAUAUGCUAUCCUUUUCGCGUACAUGGGAUUUUUUUGGACCCAGUUCAUAGGCUCCCAACAAACGAUGGCUGCCUUGUUGCAAUAAUAAUUGCAAUUUAAAUUCUGAUUGAAUAAAUUCUGAUUGUUUAUACGGAAUUGAUUGAUUUGAUUUGAAUUCUGUCAUUAUUAAAGUAUGGGACGUUGUUGUCUGUAACGGUUUACAAAUCAACUAGAACGAAAACAUGAAAACGUAACACACGUCACAGCCUAUCGCUAUCUUAUUUACCAACGCUGACAGCGAAUUUAGUGUUCAUCUUCUAUCCAUGGCAUAAAUUAACUUGUGUUGGUUUCAUUUAAAAUAAAAGUCAAAAAUUCA